AACACGGUAGACACUAGGAGACUCCUCUGGGAGUUCCCCUAGUUUUUGUGGUUGUGGCUCGGAACUAGAAUUAUUAUUGAUUAUCAAAAGCAAACUAGCUCAAUUCCUUCAUUAAUUCCCAGUCACAUGCAUUCUAUCCUUCUGCUGCCACAGCUAUCUCUCUCUGUCUCUCAUCUUACAUGAACACUCAGCUAUAAGAAAUCAAGCUUCCAAUUUCAGUAAUGAGGUCAAGGAUAUCAUGUUUAGUUUAUGUCAAAGCCCAUCUCCUCUUAUGCAUCACACUGCUGCAUAUAACAAUUGUCUCCAGUGUCACACCCCCAGCUACCACCACUACAAGUUCCCUAAAAAAUAAUCCGACAAUCAAAUGUGCCCUUAAUGAAAACAAUACUGAUCAGCUAGCCUUGUUAGCGUUCAAGUCAAAGAUUAUUGAAGAUCCUCAAGGAGUACUCAAAUCAUGGAACGAUUCUCACCAGUUUUGCAAGUGGGACGGUGUAACAUGCAGUCAGCGGAGUAGGAGAGUCACUGUAAUAGAUCUAAGCUUCAGGGGCUUAGUGGGUACUUUGUCUCCUUACAUUGGUAAUCUGAGCUUCCUUCAUGAGAUAUGGCUUGGAAACAAUACUCUUCAAGGUGAAAUCCCCCCCGAAAUCGGGCGUUUGUCUAGGCUGCAAAUACUUGGCCUCAACAAUAAUUCGCUUGAAGGAGAAAUUCCAGCCAACCUAUCGCACUGCUCCAAACUCGCAUACCUUCGAUUAGAUGUUAAUAAGCUGGUAGGGAAGAUUCCCAAAGAGCUUGGUUCCUUGUCGAAGCUCACAAAGCUUCUCAUCCACAAUAACACCUUAACAGGUGGGAUACCGCCUUUCAUUGGGAACCUUACAUCUCUGGAAAGUUUAAAUGCAGCUGGAAAUGUGUUGGGGGGAAGUAUCCCCGAAGCCUUGGGACACUUGAAAAACUUGAAAGAGCUUUUAUUAGGUAGCAAUGAACUCAAUGGUACGAUCCCUCCAUCCAUUUAUAAUCUUUCCUAUCUCAGUGUAUUCUCCUUACUUGAAAACCAACUUCACGGUAACCUCCCACAGGGAAUUUUUUUUACGCUUCCUCGGCUUCAAGUCCUUCAAUUACAAGUGAAUCAAUUCACUGGACCCCUUCCACUCUCCUCAUCAAAUGCUUCACUGCUAGAAAAAAUUGAUUUGAUGAACAACAAUUUCAAUGGUAAAAUAUCAAUUGAUUUUGGAGGUCUACAACAUAUUUGGCGGGUAAAUCUAGGAUUUAACAACUUUGGAAGCGGGGAACCCGAUGAUCUGAACUUUGUUGCAUCUCUAGUCAACUGUAGCAAUUUGGAAGUACUGAGUCUAGGGGGUAAUCAAUUUCGAGCAGCCUUCACAAAUUAUGUAGGCAAUCUGUCAACCCAUCUUCUUCAACUAGGGUUUAGCUUCAAUCAUAUAUAUGGAGUUAUACCUUCAUCAAUAACCAAUCUCGUCAACUUAUAUGGCCUAUAUCUGACGGGUAAUCAAAUCACAGGCACCAUCCCCAGUGAUAUUGGUCGUAUAUCAAAGCUUCAAAGAUUACACCUCAACUCCAACAGAUUAUCCAAAAAAAUUCCAAAUUCUAUAGGAAACCUAUCAUUGUUGAGUGUACUUCGCUUAGACAACAACAGAUUACAUGGAACCAUACCAUCAGGUAUAAAAAACUGCCAAAACUUGCUAUUGUUAAAUCUUUCUCAUAAUAACCUUGGUGGCAACAUACCCAAACAACUUUUUGAUGUUCCUAUUCUAUCAAUUUCACUAAACCUAGCAAAGAACUCUUUCCAUGGGUCCUUACCUGCAGAGGUUGGCAAUCUGAAAAACUUGGGGGAGUUGGAUGUAUCUGAGAAUAAGUUGUUCGGAAAAAUUCCAAGUAGCCUUGGCAGUUGCAUUAGUCUUGAAAAACUGUACCUGGAAGGUAACAUCUUUCAAGGGCCUAUUCCUUUGUCACUGAAAUCCCUCAGAGGCAUUCAAAACUUUGAUCUCUCUCGCAACAAUUUUUCUGGCCAGAUUCCACAGUAUUUGGAGGAUUUUUCCUUAAAGAAACUAAAUUUAUCCUUCAAUGAUUUUGAGGGUAUGGUCCCAAUGAAAGGAGUUUUUGCAAAUGCAAGUGCAAUAUCAGUUGUUGGGAACAACAGGCUCUGUGGGGGCAUAUAUGAACUCCAGCUACCUAGAUGCGCAUUCAAAGAACCAAAAAAACAAAAAAUUUCUCUUGUAGUUUGUGUAAUAAUAAUCUUGGCAGCUACUGCAGUUCUCGGAGUAAUUUUUGUCUCAUUUUUCAUGUUCUGUUGGUUCAAGAAGAAAGGAAGAUAUCAAGCUUCAAGAUCAUUUUCGAGGAGAUCAUUGUUGACAGUGUCUUAUGAGGAGCUCUUCAAAGCAACUGAUGGUUUCUCAUCAGAAAAUCUGAUUGGUGUGGGUAGUUUUGGCUCUAUAUAUAAAGGAACCCUUGGUGUAGAUGGAUCUGUUGUCGCAGUUAAAGUUCUUGACCUUUGCCGUCAAGGAGCCUCCAAGAGUUUUGUGGCCGAGUGUGAAGCAUUGAGAAAUAUUCGACAUCGGAACCUUGUUAAGGUCAUAACUUCUUGCUCAAGUGUUGAUUUUCAAGGUAAUGAUUUCAAAGCACUAGUUUAUGAGUAUAUGCCUAAUGGGAGUUUAGAAAGAUGGCUGCAUUCAAGACCACAUAUUGGUUAUGGGCAAACUGACUUUCAGAGCCUAACCCUUCUUCAACGAAUAAACAUUGCCCUCGAUGUGGCUUGUGCGCUCAAUUAUCUUCAUUGUCAUUGCCAAAGGCCAAUAAUUCAUUGCGACUUAAAGCCAAGCAACAUACUUCUUGAUUGUGAAAUGACUGCUCAUAUUGGUGAUUUUGGUUUAGCAAGGUUUCUUCCUGAACUGAUGAAUCCAAAUCAUAGCAGCUCAAUUGGAAUAAUUGGAACUAUUGGUUAUGUACCUCCAGAGUAUGGUCUAGGAAAUGAAGUAUCAACAGAGGGCGACAUCUAUGGUUAUGGGAUUCUGUUGUUAGAGAUGAUGACAGGGAAGAGACCAACUGACAGUAUGUUUGGGGAAGGCCUUAGCCUUCAUAAAUUUGCAAGGAUGGCCUUGCCUGACCGUGUGAUGGAAGUUUUAGACCCAAAACUACUAAAUAAUGAUGAAGAAGAGGCAGCAGCGGUGGCCAAUAAUACUCGGAAGGAGGUUUGUCUGGUUUCACUUAUCCAGAUUGGAGUGGCAUGCUCUAUGGAGACACCAAGAUAUCGAAUGGACAUAAGUGAUGUCGUUCAUGAGCUGAAUUUGGUCAGGGACAUCCUUCAAGCAACUCAAGCAUGUCCAUAGGUGGCUAAAAUAACAUUGGAUGAGAUUAGAUGAUUUGCGAAUAAACUGAAGAAGAAAAAAAACAAGGAAAAAUAAACGUUUUAUUUUCUAAGUGGAAAGAACAGCCUCUACUAAUGUACUACAUAUUUAUUAUUUGAGUCAUCUACAUCUUGUUAGAGUUUUUCCUCUUGUGGUCUAAUAUGCCAAUUGUUUUUAGUUUGAAAAAAAUAAGAUUGAUUGUUUCUCGGUCUAAUAAGGCAUACUGGUGAUCCCAUCUGACAAUAACAUGCCAAUUGUUUUUAGUUUGA